AUGACAUCUGGAGCACAACAAGCUUUGAGAAGGACAAUGGAGAUAUAUUCUAAUUCUACCCAUUUCGCGCUUGCUUCCAAUACAUCUUCUAAGAUUAUUGAGCCAAUUCAGAGUAGGUGUGCCAUUGUGCGAUUUUCACGAUUGUCUGAUCAAGAGAUACUCGGUCGUCUUAUGGUUGUGGUUCAAGCUGAGAAGAUACUAAAUCCAGAAAAAGCUGCAUUUGAAGUUGAGGACUACCACCAGGCAACCAUUGAACUGGUUCAUAAGGCUUUAAGUGAUAAAUAUAAUACUUUGAAGUUGAUUGAUGGAACAAAUACUUAA